UCUCGCCAUUGUAAAAGAUAGAUACGUUCAUUCACUUGCAUUUAUUUAAAAUAUGAUUGCCAUGGAGGAUAUUGAUGAAGUUUCAGCAGUACAAAGAGAGAUUGAAGAAGCAUUGAAGAACAACAGCGUGACCACAGCUGCAGUCAAGAUUCAAGACUAUUUGAAGGAGAUUAAUAAUGUGGAGCUGAAUAUUGCUGUCACAGGAGAGACAGGCUCCGGUAAAUCUACCUUUGUCAAUGCGUUCAGAGGCAUGAAGAAUAAUGAUGACGGCGCUGCUCCAACUGGUCCGGUGGAAACCACCGAGGAGGUAAAGGCUUACCCCCACCCAAAAUACCCAAAUAUGAUAGUUUGGGAUCUCCCUGGUAUUGGCACCGCUAACUUCAAACCAGAAGAGUACCUUCAGAAAGUUGAAUUCGAUCGUUUUGAUUUCUUCAUCAUAGUCUCAUCAGAGCGAUUCAGAGCCAAUGACAUUACUCUGGCCAAGGAGAUCCAAAAGAUGAAGAAGAAGUUCUACUUUGUUCGCUCCAAGAUUGAUAACGACAUGAGGGCUGAGGGGAGAAAUUAGACUUUUGACCAGGAUAAGACACUGGAAACAAUCAGACAAAACUGCAUCAAAGGGCUUGAGGAUCAGGGUCUGGGCUCUCCUAAGGUCUUUCUCAUCUCCAGUUUUGACCUUGGUCACUACGAUUUCCAUGAUCUUGAGGAGACAAUGGAGAAAGAGCUUCCUGACCACAAGAGGCAUGUACUACUGUUGUCCAUCCCUAAUAUAACCCUGAAAAUCAACCAGAGGAAGAAGGAGGCUUUCAAAACCAACAUAUGGAGACUAGCUUUAGUAUCUGGCUCUGUGGCAGCAAUACCUAUCCCAGGCCUUUCCUUUGCUGUAGAUGUAAGCAUCUUGGUAAUUGAGAUCAAGAAGUACUAUAACUCUUUUGGUCUUGAUGAUGAGUCCCUGCAGAGCCUUGCUAACAGAAUGAAUGUGCCGGUGGAGGAGCUGAAAGCAGUCCUCAAGUCACCUCUGAACAAAGAAAUAAGCAAAGAUGUGGUUGUCAAGUUGCUUCAAAGUGCAGUUCUAGCAGGGGUAAUGUUGGUUGAGUAUCUGUUCAGUAACAUUCCUAUUUUCGGCAGCAUUGCUGCAGCAGGGAUUUCCUUUGGUACAACCUACUACAUGUUGACGAAGUGUCUGAAUGAGCUGGCUGAUGAUGCACACAAUGUUCUGAUGAAGGCACUGAUGGCCAAUGAGUGAGAAUGUUCCAGAUUGAAUUGCAAUCCAUAUCUGUGUUUGCAUUCUUUCUUGAACACUGUCUUCAAACAAGGAAAUGCUGAAAAGUAGAUAAUUAAAUUAUGCAGUUUGAAAAUAAAUGUUCAAAUGUAAUUGAUCAAUGGAAAAGUAAGGUCGCAAUAGUUUCAAUAUAGGUUAGCACAGUAUAACCUUACUGCAUUAGAUGGGAAAUUCAUAUUGGGAUCUACAGCUUUUUACUCGUAGUAAAUUACUCUGAAAAUGCAUAUUCCCAGAAAAUACACCUGCUUUUACAAUUUAACUUCAGUAUAAUCUAUUCCUAGUCUUUAUAGAACCAAAUUGGAUGUGCUUUGAAACAAUUGCAUGAUAUUUGAACAUUACUCCCUCUAGAAAGUGGAUUUGAAAAUAAUCCUAGUUUAGAAUGAACCAGUGUUAAUUGUCUAUAUAUAAAUUGUGGUUUUACCCAAUGUUACUCAUUCA